AUGGAUAAACAUUAUGAGCGCACUCUCAAUUUGCUGAACAAAGAGGUUAGGAGAGAUCAUAGGUCUUUAAGAAAUAGGCUUCAAAGCAUCCUACUAGAUCAUAAAUUCCUGGACGAACUUGUUUUGUCGGUUUUUCCAAACUUCCCCGUGGUUCCUAACGAAAGAUGUGGUCUGUGGUACUGUGAUCCUUCGAGCUUUUGCCAGACAAGUUAUUUCAAAUCCACAGACGGUCACACCAAUCAAUGGGACUUCAGCGUGAGAAGGCUCAAUGUUCAUUUACUGCCCACACUUGCCAAGUAUGGUGGAAUCGUAAUAGUAGACAGCACGAGACGCGGCAAGAAGAUGCCUGACGCAUUGAGUAAAACAGUGCCAAUUUGGUGUGCAGUUUUGAAUAGUCUAAUGCUAGAGUUCCUAAACAGGACUGACGAAGAAGUGCUUUUUUGUCCGCCACACACUGUAUCAAGGCAAGAAUAUGUACAAAUCAAAGCUAAGAUUCCGUUGUUAGUUGAUAAGCUCAAAGCUAUGGGGGUCAUCACUGGAGAGGAACUUGCGAAACUAAAUCAAGGGAAAAUUUUGCGGCCCUUAUGGGUUUAUCCUGGUUCAUCCCUCUUGAGUUCACAUCAAGACUUGUUCACGGGGGAAACAACGUCAGCCGAGUGGGAAAGCCCAGAUACCGAUCAUUUAAUACCGGUGGUUCUUUGUACUGUUAGUUAUCAAUGUCAAGAUGGCGUUGACAAUAGACAUGGAUUUACGUACGUCCAGGGUGCCGCCGAUGAUCACGAACUGUGGGCUAAAGGGCUCACUGCGGAAAUGUUAUGGGAUCACAUUGAGUUCUUGAGAAACCCUAAAGCGAGCGACCAAGCUCUUGACGAGUACAUUUCAACCCAGCUAAAAGCCAAGAAAGCUAGCGUCAACGCUAGCGGCAAUUUAAACGAUAUUAUUAACACAGACGUUAUAACGAAGGAGCUCCGUUUAGGAAGAAUAGCCGAGAAUGUAAAGCUUUCAAAAUGCUUACAGCAGCAAUUAUGUGCUGCUUAUUGUCUUGUUAUCAUAAUGAGUGAGUCAGUUGAACUCUCAGGCACUGAAGAGGACAAAAAUUCGACAAUUAGAGUAAUAAAGCUAUCCAGCGGUUCUAAAAAAAGUUCUAAAUCCUUACGGGCACAGCUCAUCAAUCUAUGUCCGUUGAUAGAGUCAAACUUGCAUAAGCGGCUGCCGAUUCUGGUAUGUUGCGGGGACGGCAAGGAUAUGUCCUUGUGUGUCUUAUUGAGUGUCCUUUGUAGGAACUACAACGUUGAAAGCUGGGAACUUGAGCAGCAGAGUAGCAUACACAAAACAAUAAUCAGAAAGCACCUUUCCAAAGUCGUUGCUAAACUUGAGGGAAGAAACGUAAAUCCACCGAGAGCAUCAUUGAAUAGUGUUAAUGCGUACUUAAUGUAG